GUACAUAACAAAGAUAGAACGACACUCGUGUGAACAUGGGUGAUGUUUCCGAACGCAGCCUAGAAGCAUGUGAAAUCUGCGAAAUUUUGAAAGAGGAUUUAUAUUGAUUUAUAUAUUUUAUCAUUUUGAUAAUAAUAAUAGAAAGAAAGGGAGAAUAACAAAGGUAAAAAGCUUUUUUCCGAAAUUGCUCGAAAUGGAGGUUAGCACGGGUGAUGUGGUGAUGCCGGGUGAUAGCUUGAAAGAUAUCAAGUCGAUCAAAAAGGAAGGCAAAAACGAGAAGGAGAACGUGAUCCUAGGACCCGGACUGCGCCGCGAAGGCGACAAAGUAUACAUCUGCAAAGCAGGUAUCCUGAAGAAACGUGAACCGGCCGUGUACUACGUGGACAGUUAUCAGAAACGGUACAUUCCCAAUCGAGGUGAGAAUGUGGUUGGUAUAGUUACGCAGAAAAGCGGCGAUAUUUACAAGGUGGAUGUGGGUGGGAGUGAACAGGCGACGCUCUCUUACCUGGCCUUCGAGGGCGCGACGAAAAAGAACCGGCCCGACCUGCAGGUCGGCGACGUGGUGUACGCAAAGAUGCUGCUCGCUAGCAAGGAUAUGGAGCCUGAAUUGGUAUGUGUGGAUUCUCAGGGCAAGGAGAACGAACUCGGUGUACUCAGCUCAGAAGGCAUGGUGUUCACUUGCUCGCUAAGCCUCGUGAGGAAAUUGCUCAAUCCCGAGUGUCCGUUGUUCAGGAUACUUGGUCGGAAUCAGGCAUAUGAACUCGCCGCUGGAAUGAAUGGCAGGAUAUGGAUUAAGGCACGAUCGGUUCGAGAGACAAUAGCUGCGGCGAAUGCUAUUCUGGCUGCAGAGUACACGCUACCUGGUGAAAUGCAAAAACUUUGUGCUAGAAUCGAGAAAACGUUGCUUCUGGUAGCAUAAUUUUAGCUCAACGGAACUAGACUUUUAAGUGUUGCGAUAAGAAAUGAUUAUCCAUAAAAGUGAAAUAAUAUAUUAGACUCACAAAGAAGUUUUGAUAAUUUUCAAAUAAAAAAUAUAAAAAAAUAAUGAGAUUAAAAUUCUUUCAAUUUUUUAAAAAAUUUUUAAACAUGUUUUGAAGCCGAUUCUAUUUAAUGUGCAGAGAAUAAUGAUCACUCUCUAUUAUCAAUGAUGAUUAUAUUUAUUGUAUCAAUAUCUGUAAUGAAUUUUGUAAAUAAAUCUGGAAGUUUUCUUAUAAUCGAUA